CUUGGACCCCCUUUUCAGUACCCCUGUAACGAAACGGCCAAUUUCAGCAAGUACGGGCUACCUCAGUUAAUUUCUCCUUGUUUCCCUAUCUCUACUAUCAUUAUCAUCAUCAUUCUUCAUCCCUCAACAAUCCUCAAUUCCUUCUUUUUGUUAGCUGGUUUAGUCGAGAGAUCACUCUUUUCAUAUCGGCUCCAGCAUUUCACUCUUUUAUAGAUUGCUAUUUUGCAUAUCAAUUGAAUUCAUCUGCAUUUCGAAACGAGUCGAACGAACGCGUCAGGAGAAACAAUAUACCCCAAGUCGAAUUAGAAUAGGAAAUAUUGUACACGAUGCGCUUCUCGACUAUCCUCUCAGCUGCCGUGGCCGCGGGCCCGAUUGUUGCUUCGGCCGCCGGUCAACUGGGUUUCUCGCUCGGAAACAAGAAGGCGGACGGUACUUGCAAGGAGUCGGGCGACUACGAGGCGGACUUUGCUGCUAUCUCUAAGGAGACUGGCUCUAAGGUCGUCCGCAUCUACGCUGCUUCCGACUGCGAUGUCGCUAAGCUGAUCUUACCGGCUGCUAAAGAUGCUGGUUUCAAGGUUAUCCUUGGUAUCUGGCCCGACACCGACGAAUCCUUCCAAGCCGACAAGGCCGCUGUCGUCUCCAACGCGCCUAAGUACAAGGACCAAGUUUACGCUAUCACAGUCGGUUCCGAGUCCCUAUACCGUGGUAACUUCACCGGCACCGAACUUGCUUCUAAGAUCCAAGAUGUUAAGUCGGCCGUGGGCAAGGGCUUCAAGGUCGGAACAGCGGACUCGUGGAACAAAUUCGCCGAUGGUACUGCCGAUGCGGUUGUGACGUCCGGUGCUGCUGAUAUUCUGCUUUGCAACGCGUUUUCGUACUGGCAGGGUCAAGUCCUAUCUAACGCCACCGGUUCCUUCUACGACGACAUCUUCCAGGCUUUCGGCCACGUACAGGAGAAGGCUGGUUCCACCGACAAGAUCGAACUCUGGGUUGGUGAGACCGGUUGGCCCACCGACGGUGACAAGUACCAGAACGCGCAGCCCGGUGUCAAGGAAGCUUCAUCGUUUUACCAGCAGGCUGUCUGCGGUAUGGUGGACUGGGGCUUUAACGUUUUCUUCUUCGAGGCUUUCGAUGAGGAGUGGAAGCCUAAGGCUGUUGGUGAAGAUGGUUCGGUCGCUGAUGAGACUUCGUGGGGUGCUAUGACGGCCGAUCGUAAGACUAAGUAUAGCCUUAAGUGCUAGAUUUUGUUUUAGCGGUGUGACUUUGCAUGGGGUAGAGCGGUGGAUGAGGAUGGAGAUGGAGAUGGAGAGAUCUAGAGGGGGAUAGAAGGAGCGCUGAUAUUUCCUGUCGAUUUAUAAUUUGUUUGCUGUUAUAUACCACCAACCAGUUACGUGUCGACGGUAGCCGGUAAAUAGGAGACAGAAGAUGAUACCAUUGAAGCAUCGGUUCCAUUUGAAUUUUGGCUUAGGCGUGGAUAUUCCAAGUUUCAUGCAACAUCCUGGGUAUCGAGUGUUGAUGUACCGAAUACGCUAAGAGUGUCUUGACGAAUAGAAGCCGAGGAGCACAAUGCCGAUGAU